GGGAGGGUGCCGGUAAUGUCACCUUGCGUCACCCGGCAGUGCUGGCACAGGGCGGGUGGCUGCCGGCAGCUAGGUAGGCGAUGGCCGCAGGAGCCUGAAGUGCUCCUCCACCCAGACAGCAGCAGCAUGUCGACAGAAAAACUGAAGCACCACAAGAUCAUCUUUGUGGUGGGUGGCCCCGGCUCCGGGAAGGGGACACAAUGCGAGAAGAUUGUGCACAAGUAUGGGUACACUCACCUCUCCACUGGGGACCUGCUCCGGGCAGAGGUCAGCUCAGGCUCAGAGCGGGGCAAGAAGCUACAAGCCAUCAUGGAGAAGGGCGAGCUGGUGCCCCUGGACACGGUGCUGGACAUGCUGCGGGAUGCCAUGUUGGCCAAGGCAGACACCUCCAAGGGUUUCCUCAUUGAUGGCUACCCCCGGGAGGUGAAGCAGGGAGAGGAGUUCGAGAAGAAGAUCGGCCCCCCCACGCUGCUGCUCUACGUGGAUGCGGGGAAAGAGACGAUGGUGAAGCGGCUGCUGAAGCGGGGAGAGACCAGCGGGCGGGUGGACGACAACGAGGAGACCAUCAAAAAGCGCCUGGAGACCUACUACAAGGCUACCGAGCCUGUCAUAGCCUUCUACAAGGGCCGGGGCAUCGUCCGCCAGCUGAAUGCCGAGGGCAGCGUGGAUGAGGUUUUCCAGCAGGUCUGCUCCUUCCUCGACAAGCUGUGACAGCCCCGCGCCCCCCACCCUGCGCUCCCCCCGCACGCGCGGGGCAGAGACAGCGGAAGUGGCCUUAUCCUGUUUUCGUGGACAGAGCCGCGCGAAGGAAAUUUCAAGGACAUUGUGUUUGGCUCUUUCCCGUCUCUCCCCAGUAAAGUUCACUUUAAUGA